AUGUCCAGGUUUCGUGCGUUAUGGCAAGCUUCGGUUAGUGCAAGUAAAAGAGCUCUCACGUGGAACCUUGAAGAUCUCGUUCCUCCAAGUGAAAAAUAUAUCUUCAAAUUUGAUUCCAAAGAGGAGCUUAAAAGAUGGCAUCUGUAUUCAGAUUCUGAAUAUGGAGGUUUAUCAUCUGCAUCAUUGGAGAUAAAAGAGUCUGCUAAUGGAUCAAGCGGUACUGGUUUGUUCUCUGGAAACCUUUCUCUGGAUGUCGAUGAAAGUUCAAGAUGGAACAUUAGUAGAAGUGGCUUCUGUGGUAUGAGAUCUAAGAAGUUUGAUGGGUUCAUCGAUUUGGAUGCAUACGACACUUUGGCCUUAAAACUCAAAGGGGACGGUAGAUGCUACAUUUCCACUAUUUAUACAGAGAAUUGGGUGAAUUCUCCAGGACAGGAGGAAGAUAACUCGUGGCAGGCAUUUGUUUUUGUGCCCAAGGAUGAUUGGUAUAUUGCAAAGAUUCCUCUCGCUCGAUAUCUGCCUACAUGGAGGGGCAAUGUGAUAGAUGCACAGCUAGAGAUGAACCCGGCCCGAAUUUUGGGCAUGUCUCUCUCUGUCAAUGCCGAAGGUGGAGUCCCGGGAGCUAAGUCUGGUCCAGGUGAUUUUCGAGUCGAGAUUGAUUAUAUUAAGGCUUUGAGACUGCAUAGUUGA